AUGGAUAUUCUCACGCAACGCUCGAUCUUAUCCCAUACCAUUCCACCGGCUUUUCAAUCUCGUGAUGACAUUAAUCCGACUUUGAUGAUGAGCUGGUGGGCUACUGCGUUCUCCAUGCUCAUCAUCAUCGUGCGUCUAUGCGGUCGUUAUAUCCGUCUCGAACGCUUCUUCCCCGAAGACAAAGUCAUGGUUCUCAGCAUGAUCCCACUAUCAAUUCGCAUAAUAUUAGUGCAUUUCGUCUUGGUCUAUGGAACCAAUAAUGUCCAAACAGACGGUUUAACUGCUGACCAGAUCUCGAAGAGAGCUAUUGGUACUGCUACGAGCCCUGUCACACUUGAUAUACUAACACUCAAACCUAGCAUCUGGACAGCCAAGCUCACUGUUUGUGAAUUCCUCAAGCGUGUCACAGGGAAGGUCUGGCGUCGAUCAGUCGCCAUCUUCCUACGUUUUAUCCACUUCUUUCUCGCCUCAACACUAGCUGUUGUCGUCAUCACAACUCUGGCCGAGUGUCUACCCUUCUACCACUAUUGGCAGGUCAUUCCAGACCCCGGCUCCAGUUGUCGCUCAGGAUAUGCGCAACUAAUCGCGAUGGGAACGUGCGACGUCAUAACCGAUCUCCUUCUCGUCGCAUUCCCCGUUCCAAUCAUCUUGACGUCGCAAAUGCCACUCAAGCGCAAACUCUCGCUCGUCAUCCUCUUCUGCCUCUCACUUAUCCUAGUUGCCAUCACCUGCUACCGAGUACCGUUGGUAAUUAGACACGGUGGCGCACAACCAUACCGCUCCCUCAUCGCCUCACUGGACAUCCUAGCCGCCACCGCCGUCUCCAACAUCGUCGUAAUAGGCUCCUUCGUUCGAGACCGCGGCGCCAAGAAACGCAAAUAUAAGCGCAAUUUGGGUUCGGCGUCUGUUACCGAAAGCUUAGAUCAAAGCCAUGUCCGACGCAACACUGUCAUGCAGCACCAAUGGGGCAGCGACUGUGACCUCGCCGCAGACGUUGGUAUUCGCAUAGAUCCAGAGCUCUUCUCCAGCAACAAAGGUUCAUCUUCGUCUCAUCCACCACUUGCUCCUCCGGAGCCUUUGCUCAUUGCUCGCACGGGAGCUAUCGAUCCAAAUUGGUCAUUUGAUCAGCCGAAGCAUCGCCGCUCAGAGGAAACCCACGUUUCAGAUGAUACGCAUGUCUCGACGACAUGUAGUCUCGAAGUCAGAGUCACUCCGCGCGAGUAUAUUCGAACCAGUCAACCCUGCGAGAAACCGCCAAAUGCCUCGUCAAUUACGCCCUCGCAUCAAGCCUCUUUCUCUGAUGUCGGCGGGCUUCUGAACCAGCAUCAGCCAGAUACCCAUUUCUUCUCUCCGCCUAAUCCACUCAAUCCAUUCGUCACUUCUCCCUUAUCAAUGUCAACCACAACAGUUAUAGAGGCCGAAAGACCCUAUCGUGGCCGCAGCAGUCGGAACUUUUUGGAAGACCUGGGUGUUUGGCCUCGCACUCCUAACGCUGCCCUCAAUUCUCGCUUCGCUUCUUCUGCUCCGCCUACUGCUACAAGCCCUUUCAUGAAUUUGCAAUCUUCAACACCCAAUCCUCCUCCACGCUAUCGUCCACCGUCUGAUGCUUCUCUCACUUUUGAUGUCGAGCUUCAAGAUGUUGGUGGGCUUUUGGAGGGACAGAACUCCCGUAUGAGGAGAUGA